GUCUGCGCACCAUCGACUGGCCCAAUCACAUCCCAUAAGUGUCAAACAAUCGCUCGUUUGCACAAAACCAUAUUAACAUCAUCCGCGAAAAUUUUCAAUUAAAAGUGAUGACAUCCGUUCAGGAACGACUGCAACUAAAAAGGAUUGCCCUAGACAAAUGGACUAUACGUGAGCAACUAUGCCUGGCGUCGGCGGUCUCCUGCAGCGGCGAUCAGAACUGGAUGUCGGUGAGUCGCUCGUUGAAAAUGUUAUGUGGGGCAAACCGUCCGGCCGAUUGGUUUUCACAGAAGUCCUGUGCUGUCCAAUACGGCGAACUCUUAGAAAACGUCGAGACCCCGAAACGGAAAAAACGCACAGCCAACGAGCGCGACAAUCAGACGGCGGAGACCCCGACGGAGUCAAUUCUACGGAAACUCACCCAGGAACGGAUCAACGAACUGAAAAGUGUUAUUCAAGCGGAGCAGGAGGAGUAUACGAAGCUCAGGGAGGAGAUCCUGUCCAUCCAGGCGGGAGGAGUCGAGGAGGCACAGUUGCGUGAAAUGUGGGCCCAGAUCGAGCAGGAAAUGGAACAUAAACAAAUCGAGAAGCAGAAGCACGAACAGUGGCUGAAGGAGCGGGAGGAGCGGAAGACAGAGCUGCAGAAGGCGUCGAGGGUGGGUUUGUUUUCAACAGCCACAACCACGGCGGGAACGGCGCAGUCCAAGCCGGCUCAGCUGAGUCUUAUGGUGAAGUCGGAGGACGUAGAGACAGACGAAGGCAAUUCCAAGCAGGGAUCAUCGCCACUGCUCACGUCAUUGCUGAAGUCGCCAGCUACCACUCCGACUGCUUCCAACUCUCCAACCAACAUCCGCGCCACCGCCCCAACCAUCACCAACCUGCUCACCGGACACACAAACACCGUCAUCUCGAUGGGCGCCACAAGCACCAGCCAGAGCUUUCCGUUGAUGCACAACCAACCCCUCACCGGCCCCGUGCCAACGGAAGCAACGCCACAAGUGACACAAAGUCCUUCCCAAGCGGCCCCAACCCUCUCCAUGUUAUUAGAGAACAAAAACUCCAACAAGUCUUCCAGCGGCGCCGAACAGCCCGCAGACAACAUUAAAAACGAACAAGAAACCAACGAUCCGGAACCCAUGGAGACUGAAGACGGCAGUUGCUCGCCGAACAAGGAUGAGGAGCAGCAGCUCAUGGAAGUCUUCAAAGGCCUCAUCCCCGAUAACAUCGACGAGGACAUCGAGGAGAUCCUCACCAACAACAAUGCCAUCAUCCUCAACCCCGAGCUCCUGGAAGAAGAGUCCAUCCUGGAGAACGUGGAUUCAUUGAUCGACGACCACGACGACAUAAGCGACAAGGACAAAGCCAUGGAGCCGCAGGAACAACCAAAACCCCUUUUGGAGAAUUCAAAAAACAUGUCAGAUUCCAUCAAUACCUGUGAGUCGAAAGAUCAGAGUAAGCAAGAAAAGAACGAGCUGCAGGACGCGAAAGCAAAACCCAAGAUAGAGGACAGUUCCGGUGGAGGGUUUCAAGGUUCUAUAGAACCAAAAAAUGAGCCACAGGAGCUCAAAUCGGAUGCAAAACAACCAGAACCGGACUCUUCCGACCCAGUGAGCGACGACAACGAUGUGCAAAUCAUUGAGACGACACCGCCCCUAACCUCGAACAGGGAAAAAACGAAAACCCCCUCGGACCUAACCGGCCGAAAGACUGACUCUGACAAUAAACAACCCGAAAUCGCCACAGACGUGGCAAAGGCAAGUCCUGAGAAAAAACGCGACAACUUCCAAGAUCACUUUGAAAAGUCGAUUCGCAACGAAUCUCACGAUCAUGCCUCCCAUAUCAUUGAAAACACGCACGAAUCGCACUCCGAAAACCUCUCGGAUCACACCACAACCAUCACCAUUAUCGACACUGACGAGGACUCCACCAUGGAGGUGAUCAAGGAGGACAAAGUGGGCAAGGCGAAACGGGACUAUUCACGCAAGAAACCGGAGCAUGUGGAGCGCCGUCUCGACGAUAUGGAUGAGAUCCGUCUGAGCAUUGGCUUGCGGAAGCUGAAGGAUCGCGAGGGCUCAGAAAGUCCACUCGUCGAUGACGAAACAUCAGACUCGAUCCCUCGUACGCGACGGCGCUACUCGUCGACUCCGAACAUCGACAGCAUCCCCAACUCGCCGGCGUCGAGUGACGACCGCGAGUACCGGGCAUGGAAGAAAUCAGUGCUUACGGUUUACAACAAGAUCUGUAGCCACAAGUAUGCGUCCUUGUUUCACAAGCAACUUCCGGAAGACUCGGCUCCUAAUUACAAACAGAUCAUCCUGCGGCCCAUGGACCUGCAAACAAUCAAGCACAAUAUCGAGUCGGGCGUGAUAAGGACAACGGCCGAGUUUCAGCGGGAUGUGAUGUUGAUGUGCCAGAACGUGAUGAUGUACUACGGGAAGGAGAAUAGUGGCUAUGCCAUGGCCAAGGAGAUGAUGGCCGAUAUGGGGAUGGCCAUUGAGAGUUUGGUGGAGAGCGCACGCAAGGAGGUGGAUCAUCGAAGCGGCAAUAGCGCGAGCAGUCUGAAGAAUCGGUCGAGGAAGAGCACGCGGUUGCCGUAGUAGUUUUUUUUCUGCUUUAGGAUUAAGGUCAGUUCAAUAAAGUUAGUUCGCAUUUA